AUCGACGUAUUUUUGAAGCCUACUUGUGUACUUUUGCACCUGCCCCGGUAUACUCCCAGUGAUUUAAUACGAGGGAGCCUCGCUAAGAUCGCCCGGUAAAAUCACGUGGACAGAUGUGCAGACAUGUAAAAUAAAUGGGGGGUCGCACUCUACUCUAUAUUCUUCCUUUUAAUCGGCUGGUAUAGUCGCACGGUAGCGGUUCUUGGGGUGACUUUAUGGGUCUUUAAACAGAUGGGUCGUUUUUCGAAUAUGCGCUAAGUUUUAAACGGAGUGUGCCGUGGAAAUUUUAUAAAAAAAAAUAUUUUUUUGUCUCACUCGUGUUGACUCACAUAUUCUAAUUUUGCGGUUAACGAUUAUUGUUUAUCUUAAUGUAGAAAUGAUUUACUCCGAGGAAACCUUAGGAAGUCAGGUUGAAAUGAGCUUUAAGCGAAGUCCCAGCAAGGUGUGGUGGGGUAGUGAAAGUCUAGAGUUCCGGGAAGUGACUUCGAGUCCCGGAAGUCAAGAUUCCGGGUUUUCCGAUGCUGAGGGAAGCCCACAACACACGGAUAAAGAGAGGAAAACGGUCCAAAAAGGUGGUCAAGAAGAAGUGAUAGAAGAAGAGAACAAUAACGUACAGACCCCAAAAAAAGUGUCAAACAGGCAGAUCGCCAAGAAUAUAUUCAAAGGUUCACUCACGGACACGAAUGGCAAUAAUCCCAACCUGAGUAGCAACUUCAAAGAGAAAAUCACCCCGGUCAAAGAAAACAUCGACCAAAGACUCGUGAAAAGUGAAAGGAAAAGUUCACCACACUUUUUGAAAAAAUUCUCCACGGUUUAUGUGCCGCCCUAUACUGAACCCCCGAAGAAAAACAGAUUCAUUAAGAAUUCACCGAAAGUGAGCCGCAACCUCUUCACCUCGAACAAUAAGCGCCACGAAUUCCCCGAACCAAAAUCAACUGAUCAACAUUCAAAUCAUGCGGCAGCAGAACACGGCACCACAUACCGCGACGACACAACACCCGAAGAAGAAGAAGAAAACAGUUGUCAACGCGAUUACGACACCAGCAGCGAGAUUUCCGGCACCAAGAGCGUCCCCCUUCCCCCCCGUGACACCCCCAAUUUUUUCCGGAGUGCCCCCGAGUCCCUCCUUCUCCACCAAGACACCACCGAGGAAGAUCUCGAAGCGGUCACCUCCUUCAACUCCACUUCGAGCGAAAGCGAACUAGAGCACCUCUUUGAGGAUUUCGGGAGGUUGGGGUACACCUCCACCCCCAACAAGGGUUGGAAUAUGAGGGUAAAAGUUACACCGCGGGCGGAGUACCUCCACCACGGUCGAGUUCCACCGGUUUGUACCGACGGGGUGACGGUCGACGAUAAGGCGGUGAUGCGUUGGCUUGAGGAGGCGAGAUUAAAUGGGGAGCAGGAGUGUAUGACGUCAUUGCAAUUUAAGUCGAUCAGUGGGGAGUUGGGCCAGAGGGUGGGACAUCUGGCGGCGUGCGCCACAACUAUUUUGAGGGGUCUCCUCUCACACUCCAGGUGUAUCGAGAUGGACUAUAGGAGCCUUAAUGGAGAAUCCGACCAUAUCCAUCCACUAACUCAAAGCCUUGCCGGCAACAUUGUCGACUUUCUAAAGAGCCACACCGCACACAUAACCUCCAAAGUUCUGAGACUCCACGACCGGAUCCGAACCACCUCGGACCCCCAGCAAGCGCUCGAACUGCUCGCCGAACUGUUCGCCGAAUGGGAGUCGAAUCAACGACAAAUCGUGCUAAACGAGGUGAAAAAACUGGUGGACAAACUGGAGGAUCCCACUUCUGAUCUGGACCUGAGGGCGACCCUGACGGGGAUCACCUCGGUGGCCCUCAGAAACCCCCAUCUGAUCGAAAUGUUUGUUAAGUGCGACGUCAUCCCGAUACUUUUGAUUUUGUGUGAAAAAUGUGACGGUUCCUCGGUGCGCACCCUCAUAUUGAGGGCCCUGAGCACGAUGUGCGGCAACGCAGUCGCGAUCCGGCAUUUCGAGAAAUUCUCGGGGGUUCAGAUCGUGUCUGAUACUUUGGAGCAGGAUCAGAAGCCCGAGCCGGAGAGGAGCGAAGCUGUCGCUCUUUUGGCGCAAGUCACCGCCCCUUGGUUAGAAGAUAAUCAUUCGAUCAAAGGCCUUCAAGACUACUCCGCGUCGCUCUGUCUCUCUCUUACGAAAUUCUGCGCCUCGACCAAAUGUUGCCAGAAUUUACUGCUAUGCGCCGCCGCCCUCGCCAAUCUCAGUUCGAUCAAUCAAACGUGCAUCCCGGACCUAGUCCGUUACGAAACCGCCCCCGUACUACUAACCGCCGUCAAGCAACGCGGACCCAUGGCGAGCGUCUACUUGUACGAGCAAGUGGCAACGUUGCUGGCCAACAUGUCCGCCCUGGAGGCGGCUCGCGACCAACUGACCGAUUACGAGGCGGUGGCCGCCCUCCUGCACUUUCUGAGGCCGCCCCUCGUGGCGGUUCCGAACGAGCAGGACGUGGAGCGGCGGUUGCAGCAGAAGAGCGUCAUCGCGUUAUCGCGGCUCUGUAGUAACGUGGGGGCGGCAACGAGGGUGGCGGAACUGGGCGGGGUCGAGAGGUUGGUCCGACUAUGCCGGGAGAAGAAAUUGAGGUUUGGUAGCGACGCCGUCUUGGUUGCAGCUUUGGCUACUUUAAGAAAAAUAGCGGAAGCCUGCGGUACCAAAGUCCUAAGCGUCCAAGACUGCCAGGAAUUGGUGGAACCAAAGCUGUUGGACUCAUUUUUGGCAUAUUCCACUCAAAAUGAGAGUUACGUGUAAAUACUCCCUGUCAAUUAGAUAUUUAAGCUUGUGUUCAAUCAUUCAUAAUAGUCUGAAGGCAUUUAAACAAUGUAAAGUACAGCUAUGAAAAACCAAACUAUUAAAAAGUCAACAUUGUAUCUUACUAGUUUAUGUAUUUAUUUUGUUUAUAUUAUAUUAUCUGUUUUGUUUUCAAAUUUUACAUGCUGUUUUUAUGUGAAAAUAAAAAACAUUUUAUUCGGUAUAA